GUCACUCGAAAUUCUGGGCAACAGUGUUGUUUGAGCAGGGUAGUUGUCUGUAUUGUUGUGUCGUUUUUGCCUGCUUUGUACUAAUUUUUAAAUGACAACUUAUUAUGUGACAAUUUUGCCGUGGUCGCGUAACAACAAUGAACUCGUAAGUGCGUUAAAAACGUAGUAGGGUGUUGUGCCGGUGUUAUUCAUUUGUUGGUAUGUGCAUGUAAAAGGGCCCGAGGAGGAGCAAAAUGGCGGACUUGGAGGCAGUGCUGGCCGAUGUCAGCUAUCUGAUGGCCAUGGAAAAGAGUAAAUGUACCCCAGCGGCAAGGGCCAGCAAAAAAAUUAUACUACCAGACCCCAGUGUGCGGAGUGUCAUGCACAAAUAUUUGGAAAAGAAGAAUGAGGUCAAUUUCGAUAAGAUAUUUCAUCAGCAAUUAGGUUACUUACUUUUUAAAGACUUCUGUGAAAACGUAUCCGAAGUGCCAAUACCCGAGCUGGCUUUUUAUGAAGAAAUUAAGGCGUACGAGAAGAUGGAGAAUGUCGAAGACCGUAUGAAACAGGCCCGAGAUAUUUACGAUAAUUUCAUCAUGAAGGAACUUCUAUCACAUUCGCAUGUAAGUUGCAAUAUUACAAAUAAUCUUUAUAUUAACUCUUUCCCUUGCGUACCAAUAUUAUUGUUUAAUCUAUACAUCGAAGAUGCGAUCAACAUCAUUAAAGACAAAUCGUUUAGUAAGGAACUGAAGUCCGAAAAGUACACGAGGUUUUGUCAAUGGAAGAAUUUAGAAUUAAAUAUUCAGUUAACGAUGAACGACUUCAGCGUGCACAGGAUAAUCGGUAGGGGUGGUUUUGGGGAGGUGUACGGUUGUCGGAAGGCGGACACGGGCAAGAUGUACGCGAUGAAGUGCCUCGACAAGAAGAGGAUCAAAAUGAAACAGGGCGAAACGUUGGCGUUGAACGAGCGAAUCAUGUUGUCACUAGUCAGUACCGGUCAAGAUUGUCCGUUCAUCGUUUGCAUGACCUACGCAUUUCACACGCCCGACAAAUUGUGUUUCAUCCUCGAUCUUAUGAACGGCGGCGACCUUCAUUAUCAUCUCAGUCAGCAUGGCGUCUUCAACGAGUCGGAAAUGAAGUUUUAUGCCGCGGAAGUUAUUUUAGGUUUGGAGCACAUGCACAGGCGGUACAUUGUAUAUAGAGACUUAAAACCUGCGAAUAUUUUAUUAGACGAACAUGGACAUGUUCGGAUAAGCGAUUUAGGAUUAGCCUGUGAUUUUUCCAAGAAAAAGCCCCACGCUAGCGUGGGAACGCAUGGAUAUAUGGCCCCCGAGGUCCUCUCGAAGGGCACAGCCUACGAUUCUAGUGCCGACUGGUUUAGUUUCGGUUGUAUGUUGUAUAAGCUAUUGAAAGGGCACUCGCCCUUUCGGCAGCACAAGACCAAAGACAAACACGAAAUUGAUAGAAUGACGCUAACUAUGAAUGUCGAACUGCCAGAAUCGUUUAGUAAGGAACUGAAGUCGUUACUGGAAGGAUUGCUGCAAAGGGAUGUGGACAAGAGACUGGGCUGCAAGGGCAGGGGGGCCGAUGAGGUAAAAGAACACUCCUUCUUUGCUGGAAUUGACUGGCAACAGGUGUACCACCAGAAGUACACCCCUCCAUUAAUUCCCCCCAGAGGUGAGGUUAAUGCAGCCGAUGCAUUCGACAUUGGCUCAUUUGACGAGGAAGAUACCAAAGGAAUCAAGCUGACUGAAGCUGACCAAGAGCUUUAUAAAAAUUUCCCUCUGGUUAUAUCGGAGAGGUGGCAGAAUGAAGUGGCCGAGACUGUCUUUGAGACCAUCAACUUUGAAGCAGAUAAAGCAGAACAUAAGAGGAAAGCAAAGCAGAAAAAGUUAUUCGAUCUAGACGAAAAGCAAUCGGAUUGUAUUCUGCACGGCUACAUUAAAAAACUGGGGGGCCCUUGGACGUCCAGUUGGCAGAUGAGGUACGCGAAAUUGUAUCCCAAUCGAUUAGAGUUACAUCCCGAUUCUGCGAAACCGGAAAUGGUCCUAAUGGAUCUUGUCGAAGAAGUCAAUCCGGAUCUUGUCCAAGUCAAAAACGAACAAUGUAUUAUAAUAAGAAUGAGAGAUGGGAAAGUGGUUUUAACCAAUCCGGAUGAAAUCGGCCUAAAGGAAUGGCUGACGUCGCUCAAGUCGGCCCACAAAAUGUCCCAAGAGCUUCUGGGUUCGAUGGCGAAAAAGGCGGGCAAAAUAUACGGCACCGACUCGACCAAUAAUCGAAAUGUCAUUAUAACGGCGCAUCGUAACGCCAACGGCAACUGAGAGGACGACGACGAUUACGACGACCACCACGACGACGGUGACGCCCCCGACUACCACCUGUUGUUGUUAUUGUUGUUGCGGCCCACCACCGUUUCGACUCGAUUGAUGAUCAUGGCGACAACGUUGGAAGGACAGGUUGAACGAGCGGGAAAAGAGGAUGCGGAAGAGGAGUUCUUCUUCGGUACCAUCAGGAGCGAACGAAGAGGAAGGGCAUGCGGGUCGAAAGAAUGUGGGACACAUGCACGUAUGCAACAAAAAACCGCAAGUAAAACAAAAAAGCUUUUCUAGUUUUCUUACCAAUGAAAGUAUUUUUUAAUGAAAUGGUAUUUGUGAUAUAUGUAUGUAUAAUAUGUACGAAGAGACCAGUUUUUUUAUUGGUUUGUGCGCACGCGCGUAUAGGGUGAUGCUACACGGUUUCUUUUCCACAAAUCACUUCAUCAUUAAUUAUUAUUCAUAUUGUUCUUUGAAAACUAAAUCAACAAUUUCCCACAGCAAGAGAGAGAGAGAAGGGGAGAAGAAAUUUGAACAGUUUUUAUUGUCGAGCCUCCAAUACCGAAAAUUUUUUCAUGCUCAAAUGAUCCUGUAAAAAACGUAGGGCACUGCUUUGUAAGAUGUAAAAACUGCUUGAUAGGCGUAUGGUAUAAUAAAUCCAAAUUAUGAACGUUUUAGAAAAAUUCAGUACUUAGAAUGUCGAGUUUGAAUUAGCGUUUCAUAUUGUUGGAAAUGCUGCGAAGUGAUUUGCGAAUGUUAAAGCAACACCCUGUACAUUUUUCGUAACUUAACAAGACUACUAACACUAGUACUAUUACUACGGGUCGUUUAUCUUUUUGUUUUUUUUGUUCUUUCGUCUGUACAUUUCUAUUUUUAUUUCUGUUUUUGGCUUCGAUUGCUGUCAGGUCUGCAUUUUGUAUAUGACAAUUCAUAAAAUAUUAAUAACGAUAAUAAAUAAUUAAUAAUAAUAUGUUUGGGUCUUAUCGAAAAAAAAGCAAAAAUAUAAAUAAUACAUACAUAAUUAUUAUUAUUAUAAUGUACUUAAAAAAGACUCUAUAUUCGCUAUCGUUUCUAUUUUUGUAAUAUUAUUAUCUAUCUUCCGAAGCAAACUGUUUUGUAAUUUUUUUCUGUCUUACAUAUCAGUACGAGAAUUUAAAAUUAUUUAUUAUUUAUAGUAUUUUAAGACAGCUUUAAGGAAUUAUAUAAACGCGUUAUAUUUCUUUUAUUUAAAUGUAUAAGUAUAUGCGUUAUACAUACAUACCUAUUUAUUUCCUCUUGUUCAAUUUUUAGCAAGGGUGAGUUGUUUUUGUUGAAUAUUUCAAAAUUGUUGUAAUUUUCAAAUGGAUUUAUUAUUUAUUAUUACAAGGCAGUUUGUCGUAAGUCUAUCGGUUAAUAAUAAUUUAGGAUUAUUAUAUUGAAUAUCUAUUCGUAAUAUACCAUAGUCGAUUUAUCGCUGGGUGGCAUAUUCUCUUUAAAUGG